CCCACGUCCGAGAAUCCUUUAUGUUUGUGUGCCCAAAUAAAAAAUAAAGGAGAAUCCCAUUUCAAUUUUGCCCGCUUUCCCAUCUUUUGCUCUCUGCCUCGCUUUCAAUCGCUUCAUCUUCUUUACAGUGGCUCACCGUUACGCAGCCCAACUGCAGCUAUGCUGCCCUCAAAGCCCCGUCUCAUACUCUAUAGCUCGAACGACCCAUGCCCACAUGAUAGCUUCUGGGUUCAAACCACGUGGCCAUAUCCUUAACCGCUUGAUUGAUGUCUACUGUAAAUCUUCAAAUUUUAGUUAUGCCCACCAACUGUUCGAUCAAAUUCCAAAACCAGACAUUGUUGCUAGAACCACCUUGAUUACGGCGUACUCUGCCAUUGGGAAUCUAACGCUGGCUCGGAAGAUAUUCAAUGAAACUCCAUUGAGCAUGCGAGACACUGUUUGUUACAAUGCGAUGAUCACAGGCUAUUCUCGUAACAAUGAUGGCCAUGCCUCUAUUAGACUAUUUUGUGAGAUGAGGCAAGGUGGUUUUAGGCCUGACGAUUUCACAUAUACGACUGUAUUGAGUGGUGCGGCGCAGAUAGUGGAUGUUGAAAAGCAGUGCCAGCAACUACAUUGUGCAGUAGUGAAGUCAGGAACAGGGUUUGCCACUUCGGUGUGGAAUGCGCUGUUAUCUGUUUAUGUUAGAUGUGCUUCUUCACCAUUAGUAUCAUCAUCUUCAUCAUUGAUGGGUGAAGCUAGGAAUUUGUUUAAUGAGAUGCCUGAGAGAGAUGAACUAUCAUGGACAACGAUGAUUACUGGGUACAUAAGGAAUGAAGAUCUUCAUGCAGCUCGGGAAUUGCUAGAUGGGAUGGAUGAAAGGAUGGAAGUUGUAUGGAAUGCGAUGAUUUCGGGUUAUGCUCACCACAAUUCUUUUCAAGAAGCAUUGCUAUUGUUUAGGAAAAUGCGGUUACUGGGGAUUCAUCAGGAUGAAUUUACAUACACUAGUGUUAUUAGUACUUGCGCUAAUAAUGGACUAUUUCAGCUUGGGAAGCAGGUGCAUGCUUACAUACUUAGAACUGAAGCGAAGCCUACUGUGGAUUUUUCAUUAUCUGUGAACAAUACAUUGCUUACACUAUAUUACAAAUGUGGUAAACUUGAUGAAGCACGGUAUAUUUUUAAUAAUAUGCCUGUUAAAGAUCUUGUUUCUUGGAAUGCAAUCCUUUCGGGGUAUGCAAAUGCAGGGCGAAUCCAGGAAGCAAAAUCCUUUUUUAAGGAAAUGCCAGAGAGGAGCAUUUUGACAUGGACUGUGAUGAUAUCUGGUUUAGCUCAAAAUGGAUUUGGAGAAGAAGCAAUGAAGCUAUUCAACCAAAUGCGAUUAGAAGGUUUUGAACCGUGUGAUUAUGCAUUUUCUGGAGCAAUUACAUCUUGUGCUGCGCUCGGAGCAUUGGAGCAUGGACGCCAGCUCCAUGCUCAACUAAUUAGAUUGGGGUUUGAUUCAAGCCUUUCAGCUGCAAAUGCACUUAUCACAAUGUAUGCAAGAUGCGGAGUUUUCGAGGAUGCGAACUCUGUGUUUCUUACCAUGCCUUAUAUUGAUUCAGUGUCUUGGAAUGCUAUGAUUGCAGCUCUGGCACAACAUGGACAUGGUGUUCAAGCAAUAGAUCUUUUUGAAAAAAUGUUGAAGGCAGAUAUACUACCAGAUAGAAUAACUUUCCUCAUCAUUCUAUCAGCUUGUAGUCAUGCUGGUUUAGUCAAGGAAGGGCGCCAUUAUUUUAAUUCAAUGUGUGUCUCUUAUGGUAUUAGCCCUGAUGAAGGCCAUUAUGCUCGCAUGAUUGAUCUGUUGUGUCGAUGUGGGGAGUUCACAGAAGCCAAGGGCUUGAUUGAAUCGAUGCCUUUUGAGCCAGGUGCACCGAUUUGGGAGGCUCUUCUUGCUGGUUGUCGGACUCAUGGGAAUAUGGAUUUAGGAAUUCAAGCAGCAGAACGACUCUUUGAGUUGGUGCCACAACAUGAUGGAACUUACAUUCUUUUGUCAAACCUGUAUGCCGCUAUAGGCCGUUGGGAUGAUGUGGCUAAGGUGCGGCAACUAAUGAGAGAUCGAGGGGUUAAGAAAGAGCCUGGUUGUAGUUGGAUUGACGUUGAAAACAUGGUCCACGUCUUCUUAGUUGGUGAUACUGUGCACCCUGAGGUCCAAGCCGUGUACAAAUAUCUUGAGCAACUAGGACUUGAAAUGAGGAAGUUAGGAUAUCUCCCUGACACAAAGUUUGUGUUGCAUGAUAUGGAGUCUGAGCAUAAGGAGUAUUCCUUGUCUACUCACAGUGAGAAGCUUGCAGUUGCAUUUGGGCUCAUGAGGCUUCCUCUCGGAGCCACAAUCAGAGUUUUUAAGAAUCUUAGGAUUUGUGGGGAUUGCCAUACUGCAAUUAAGUUUAUGUCAAGAGUGGUUGGAAGAGACAUAAUUGUGAGGGAUGCAAAGAGGUUUCAUCAUUUUAGGAAUGGUGAAUGCUCUUGUGGCAAUUACUGGUAAUCUGGCGCAAGCUUUAUGGGAGGAGGUUUUAUAAAUACUUGGCAGGUUGAUCCCCUCAACCACCAGGUGAAGCUUUGUGAUUUCGGAAGUGAAAAAGUUCUGGUGUGUUUGUCUUCAUGACAUUUUACACUUGCAUUCAAUCAUGUCAUAACACUACGUUUUAGAACUUAGAGGCAGAAUGACCAGUUGCUUUUAUGAUGGAUAAUCUUUUCUUGUUGAUAAACCAAUAGUCAAUCACCUGUCGAUUUGAUGAAAAUUAAUGCAUGGCUUCAACACAAGAUAUUAGUACUUGUCUGAGUUAAUGUCUGUCUAUACGUCAACCACCUUUCUUUUUAAAGGCUUCAUGCUAAUAGAGUUGCUAUGUUCCUAAGAAAAUCAGUUUCCUUGUAUGAUUUCAUUUCAAUGAUUUUCUUGCUAAUCAGGGUCGAGAGAGAAGCAAACAUUUCAAACAUAUGUUCUCGUCGCUAUCAGGCUCCUGAACUAAUCUUUGGUGCAAAGAAUAUUCAACACCCAUUAAUAUCUGGGCAGCUGGUUGUGUACUUGCUGAGCUUCUUCUGGGCCAGGUUAUCGACUGCUUUGGCUUAUUGUUGACCUAAGUUAACUUGGGUUAAAGAAUAUUUACUCUUUGACUGAUCAAAACAGUUCAAAGUCUUCUACAGCCAUUGUUUCCAGGAGAGGAUGCAGUGGACCAACUUGUAGAGAUUAUCAAGGUCAAGCCUCACUAUCGCUGCUGAACUAAGUGGAUCAUGUAAACGUGUGUGCAUACAGUUUAGGUGUCUUCUUGCAGGUUCUUGGCACUGCAACUAGACAAGAAAUUUGAUGCAUGGAUUCCAAAUCAUACAGAUUUUAGGUUCCUUCAUAUUAAAGCUCGUCCUUGGCAUAAGGUUUGCCACCUGAAGCAGACAAUGCUCCCACUCUGCACCGCAGUGAGUUGGACUUUUCUUCCCCUGGAGCUCUUCUAUUGUUUCGAGAUAAAGCCCAAGCAAUUAUGCCUUGUCAUAAAGAUUUUAGAUGAGUUGGCUCUAUUUGGCAAGUUUCAUUUUGGUGCUGAGCUGCUUGAGUUUGAUACUUCCACUUCAUGACAUGCAUAAUAUCCAAAUUCUCACUGAUCGCCCCAUUACAGCUAGAAGCAUGCACACAUUCUUUCAUUGAUUAACUUCGUGAGCCCAAUGAUCUCCUUCCAAAUAGGCGCCUGUUGUCACCAGUUUUCUACUUCAAACAAGAAUUAAACGGAGCUUCACCGGAACUGAUCAACAGGCUCAUACAAGAGCAUAUGCGGCAGCAGACUGGUCUUGGAUUCCCACACCCAGUUGGUACUUGAAUGUAAAGUCA